AUGGGCUGGAGCAAUAGCACCGUGGAUGAUGGAUAUCUUGUCUUGCUCGGAUUCUCAGACCAGCCCCAAUUGGAGUUUAUCCUUUUCGUGGUGGUUUUGGUGUCCUACCUUCUGACAAUUGUUGGGAACUCAGCCAUCAUCCUUAUUUCCCGUUUAGAUGUCAAACUCCACACACCCAUGUAUUUCUUCCUCACCAACCUCUCCUUACUUGACCUGGGCUUCACCACCAGUGCUGUCCCUCAGUUACUGUGGAAUUUGAAGGGACCAGCCAAGACCAUCACCUGGACUGGCUGCGCCAUACAACUCUAUGUGUUCUUGGCACUGGGUUCCACGGAAUGUGUCAUCCUGACUGUCAUGGCAUUUGAUCGCUAUGUCGCUGUGUGCAAACCUCUCAAUUACACCACCAUCAUGCACCCCUCCUUUUGCAAGGCCCUAGCAGGAUUGGCAUGGGUAAGUGGAAUAUUAAACAGUCUCCUGCUAGUAACGACCACACUCCGACUUCCUCGAUGUGGACAUCACCAUGUGGAUCACUUUUUAUGUGAAGUGCCUGCCAUGGUCAAGUUGGCAUGUGUUGACACACAUACAAAUGAGGUUCAGCUUUUUGUGGCCACACUAGUUCUCCUCCUUAUUCCUAUGUUAUUGAUACUGCUCUCUUAUGGACUUAUUGUGCAAGCAGUGGUAAAACUUAAGUCAGUCCAAGCUUGGCGCAAGGCACUAGGGACCUGUGGUUCUCAUCUAAUAGUGGUGUCCUUCUUCUUUGGAACUGGCUCGGUCAUAUACAUCAAACCACAGAAAUACUAUGGCUAUGUCGACGGAAAGUUCCUUACACUCUUUUAUGGAGUUUUAACUCCCACCCUCAAUCCCCUCAUAUAUACUCUCAGGAAUAAGGAUGUGAAGGGAGCUAUGAGGAGAUUGUUGAGAAUAGACAAGAACUGA